AUGCAGAGCUUAAAGUCGGCGUCGGUGGCUAACGCCAUCAGAAGCGCUACCCGCGUCUCCCAGCGCUCAGUAUCGCGCACGACCCGCGCUCUCAACACUCUCCGUCCCCAGACCACCACUCGCAACAACGUCUCCCGCACCACAGCCGUCAACGCAACCCUUCUCUCGUCCAAGACCCAGCAAGCCCGUCAUGGCUCCUCAUCCGCCUCAUCGGAGGCCCUCCAGAAGACCCCCCUCUACGACCUUCACCUCGCCCACGGCGCCCAGAUGGUUCCCUUCGGCGGCUUCCACAUGCCCGUCCAGUACAAGGGCCUGUCCGUGAGCGCCUCGCACGCCUUCACGCGCGAACACGCCUCCAUUUUCGAUGUCAGCCACAUGGUGCAGCGCAUCUUCUCCGGCCCUGGUGCCUGCGAGUUCCUCGAGCGCGUCACGCCCUCCGACUUGGCCUCGCUCGGCGUCCACCACAGCACCCUCUCGGUCCUCCUCAAGGCGGACGGGUCCGGUGGUAUCGUCGACGACACCAUCGUCACCAAGCUGGCCGAGGACAAGUUCUACGUCGUCACCAACGCCGGCUGCCGCGAGAAGGAUAACGAGUACUUUGACCAGGAGCUGGCCAAGGCCAAGGAGUCCGGGUUGGAGGUUAGCCAGGAGCAGCUGGACGGCUGGGGCCUCGUAGCCCUGCAGGGACCCGAGGCGGAGGCCGUUUUGGCUGAUGCGCUCGACGGCACCACCGAUCUCAAGCAGCUGUACUUUGGCCAGUCGGUCUACGGCAAGGUCAAACUCGAUGGCAAGACCAGCGCCCCGCUGCUCAUUAGCCGCGGCGGCUAUACUGGCGAGGACGGAUUCGAGAUCUCCAUCCCGCCAUCCGAGACCGUUGCCGUGACCGAGAAGCUGCUUAGCGUGGGCGGCGCCGAGCGGGUCCAGUUCGCCGGUCUCGGCGCGCGCGACUCCCUCCGUCUGGAAGCGGGGAUGUGCCUGUACGGACACGACCUGGACGAGAGCGUGUCGCCCGUUGAGGCCGCGCUGAGCUGGAUCAUCCCGCCCAACCGCCGCAAGGCGGAUGCCGGUUACUACGGCGCCGAGACCAUCGCCGCCCAGCUGACGCCCAAGAGCAAGGGAGGAAAGGGCGUCACCCGUCGUCGUGUGGGCUUUAUUGUCACCGGUGCUCCCGCCAGAGAAGGCGCGGAGAUUGUGGCCAAGGGAGACCCGACCACGAAAUUUGGCAGGAUUACGAGCGGGUGCCCGAGCCCCACUCUGGGGAAGAACAUUGCGAUGGGGUACAUCAAGGAUGGCCAGCACAAGAGCGGGACCGAGGUGGAGGUUCUUGUGAGAGGAAAGGCCAGGCCGGCUGUGGUGACCAAGAUGCCGUUUGUGCCCAGCAAAUAUUACAAGUCUGCUUAA